AGAAGAAGAAGAAGAAAGGAUUGUUUCCGUCAUCAAACUGACAGAAAGUCGCUGCCCGAACUGUCCAAUCAGACGGAGGUUCUGUUCUGUCUGACCAAUCGGGAGGCUGAGCUGACGCUGCAGGACCGAGACAUGAGGACGAUUCCUGACGGGGAGCAGUCUGUCAGGUGCACAGAGUCCAGCUGCAGCUGUGCGUGUUUCACACCAGGAAGCGUCCGGCUCAGGUCAUGUGAUCGCUGUGGACACGGCUGGGUGGCACACGCCUUGGACAAGCUCCAUUUUCAGGCCCAGCAGCCCUCCAGCUGCAGUCCGGUGGAGGUGGCUCUUCCCGGGACAGUGUUCGACCUGAGCUCGCUGGUCCUGUACGGAGCUCAGGCCGUUCCUGUCCGGCUGAAAAUUCUGCUGGACCGACUGUACAGCAUCCUGACCACAGAACAGGUCAGCCACAUACUGCACACCCUGGGCUGGAGUCUGGGGGAUUAUGUGAGAGGGUACAUGCUGCAGCUGCCCAGUGGGAAGGUGUUGGACCGCUGGCUAAUGGUGACUCCUGAAGAAGAACUGCUCAUCCUCAAACAGUUCCUUCGCUUUGGCGAGACACGCCCCAUAGUCGAGUUGAUGACCCUACAGUGCCUGGCAGCUGUCAAUCACCUCUCCGAGGCAGAGUUCACCUUCGCCUCGAAAAGCUGCCGGUCAAACAUCCACACGUUCAUCGAGCUGAAUGGGGAAACUCCAGCAGUGUUAAGAAACACCACAGGAGAUUCUGAUUUAGUGGCCGGCGUCCGCCCUUUGAAAGAAAACAGUCCCGCUCACCACGACACCAUCCGCCAUUUUGAAAACUUAUCGGGUGAACAGUCUUUGCUUCUGCCUUUGAACUUUCCGGGUUCUGCCGUGCAGUGUUUGGCUCUUCCCACCAAGGAGCUUGCUCCUCGCGAUAAGCUAACACAGUGCCUACGGAAGCCCAAUAGGCCCAAACUGGCCGAGAGACACGGGGAGGAAGGAGGAAGAAGAGGGCAAGAUAAUAAUCUGAUUUUGCAGCAAUCGAAAUGUGAACCUGAUUUAAAAAUCAAAGCAGAACCUGACAAACCAAACUUGACCCUGUCUGUAUGCCAUCAUGACCCCCGGCUCGAUGGCAACCUGGAGCUGGACCUUCACACGGCCACACAGGAGGCCACCUUCGCACGCCCUUCUUCCUCAAACUCUUUGCUCAUCUCUACUUCCUCCGCACUCCAUCCAUCCUUUUCUCCUUGCUACUCUCCUCUGAAGAUUUCUCGGAAGUUGCAAGGCUCCUCCUCCUCUUCCUCGCUCCAUCUUCUCCCAUCCUUCUCCUCCUCAUUCCUCUGUCCUAUUCCUUCCUCCACCUUUUCUUCCUCUCUCCGUCCUCUCUCGUCUUCUUCCUCCUCCCUCUGUCCUCUACCCUCUUCCCUCUGCUCCCUCCCUUCUUUUCCUCCUGCAGGCGGUCGGAAGGGGAGGGUCUGCUGUGGCGUUUGUGGGAAAAGCUUUUAUGACAAAGGAACGUUGAAGAUCCACUACAAUGCCGUCCACUUGAAGAUCAAGCAUCGCUGCACAGUGGCAGGCUGCACCAUGGUCUUCAGCUCGUUGCGCAGCCGAAACCGACACAGCGCUAACCCGAACCCACGGCUACACACAAGUGCCAGCAGAAACGCACACACUGACCCACACACAAGCGUGCACUCUGAAACACUGACACACAGGGACAAAAGUGCUCGUAAGGACACACACUAUACUCACACAAAAAGUGAGAUCAGCAGCACAAUUUGGAAACAGGAAGAUGAGGCACACAGACUAGCACACACUCUAAGAAACAGGUCAAAAGGUGAGUCAAACCCCCAACAUGGCUGCCAGGACAGCACCCACCCUCAAGCUGACUCCCCUCCUCCUCCUCCACCUCACGCUCUAAACCGAACUCUGAUCCAAGACACCAACCAGGCCCAACCUCCUCCUCCGCUCCUCCCAGUUUGCAGCGCUUCGUCACUGGGCUCGCCUGCCUCCCCUGAGAAAACCAGAUGCUGUCGACAUCUGCUCAACCUUCACACCAUCCACAUGGCCCCUGCUCCCCUCCCUCGCCCCACCCUCAUCACCUUGGCAAGCUCCAACUGUCAGAACAUGUCACAUGACCACGACAUCACAGAAGUAAAACGAGGAGAGGCUUGCACAAGUCCACUGACCAAUAAUCAGCGGCAGUGGGUGUCAAGUGACCACCCGCCAAAGAAAAAGCCCAGGAAGUCAAGCAUGCCGGUGAAAAUUGAAAGAGGGAAGGCAGGUGAGGAGGGAAACGAGGAGGAGGAGGAGUGUUGAAGGUCUGCAGUGUUUUGUAGCAGCAAGAUGUUAAAAUUUCACAUUUCAGAAUAAACUUCUUUUCCUUGAGAAUAAGCAUGAGGUCAAGCCUGUGUUGCACCAGUUCAGAUUUUUCAGAUUUAGUUGAUACUCAGACCUGAUUUUCAUUGAAAUCCACAGUUAGCUACCAAAUCCACUUGCCAUCGAGAUACCGUGGCUAAAGACACAGCAUUCAGGCACCUUCCACGGAAAAUAGCUGGCGACACGGAGUGUUAACUCAACACGCUAGCAUGUCCCAGAAUAGCCACAGUACGGUUUACAGCCUUUUUGAUUUACGUCAAAACACGAGCUUUCCUUUGUUCUUCCCAGCCUCAGGACAAACUUUAAUUUUUAUGUUUUUGAGCAAUUAAGAUGUCUCUGCGUUGAUAAAUGUGUGUGGACCAGCAUGCUGCUCUGCGCAGGAGCUCCCCCUGUGUUUGCUGUCUGUUACUGCCCUAAUGCUUGUAAUAACAUCUAAUCCAUUUAGCUGAUAAUAUCUCCGUCCUUUACCACUGUCCACCAAUGAGGAUAUCGAGGACAUGUCGUCAGUGUUGCUUCUGGGAAUUUGGGAAUUUUCAUGACCCGAGAAGAACUUCAUGUUCAGGAACUACACACAAAAUACACUUGGUGUUUUUUAAGGAUAAUUUCUCAUGCUUGUAAAGUCAAUAAAACGUUUAAAAUUG